AUGGACUUCCUCAGGUCUCUCGGGCACCCAGAGGAGAUUUAUAACCUUCUCAGGUUUAAGAUGGGCGGCUGCCGGGCGGUGAUGCCAAAGCGGGACCAGGACUCCAUGAGCGACAGCCUGCAGACCUGCUACAGAUACCUGAACGAAACCAGUCGCAGCUUUGCGGCCGUCAUCCAGGCUUUGGAUGGAGAAUUGAGGCAUGCAGUUUGUAUAUUUUACUUGGUCCUGCGUGCUCUGGACACCGUGGAAGACGAUAUGACCAUUAGCCUUGAGAGAAAGGUUCCAAUGCUACGUAACUUCCAUACCUACCUGUAUGACCCGGAGUGGAAAUUCACUGAGAGCAAAGAUAAGCACCGACAGGUUCUUGAAGAUUUCCCAACGAUAUCCCUAGAGUUCAAAAAUCUAGCUGUUGUUUACCAAGAGGUUAUUGUGGACAUUUGCACCAAGAUGGGAAAGGGAAUGGCAGAAUUCCAGGAGAACAAGAACAAGGUGGACUCUUUGAUGGAGUUGGACAAAUACUGCCAUCAUGUUGCUGGCCUUUCGGCGAUUGGCUUGUCCCGUCUGUUUUCAGCAUCAGAGUUGGAAGAUGCACACAUUGGCCAGGACAUACACUUUUCAAACAGCUUUGGACAAUUUUUGCAAAAAAUCGACAUCAUCCGUGACUACCUGGAAGAUCAAUUGGCGGGUCGAGAAUUCUGGCCAAGAGAGGUGUGGAGUAAGUAUGCGAAGAAGCUCUCAGAUUUGGCAAAGCCGGAGAACAUCGUCCCGGCUGUGCAGUGUUUGAACGAGUUGAUUACCAACGCCUUGAACCAUGUGCCGGAUGUCCUAAUUUACCUGUCACGGCUUAAAAACAAAGGCGUCUUCAACUUCUUUGCUAUUAUCCAGGUAAUGGCUAUAGCCACUUUGGCUGCGUGUUACAACAACCAGCAAGUGUUCAAAGGAGUUGUGAAAAUCCGCAAGGGACAGACUGUCACUCUAAUGAUGGAGGCCACCAACAUGGAAGCUGUGAAGGCCAUCACGCUCCAGUAUAUUGAAGAGAUCUAUCAGAAAAUCCCUGUGACAGACCCCUCGUCAAGCAAGACACAGCACAUCAUUUCCUCCAUACGCAACCUGUGCUUACCCAACAGUUCAGUUGUAUCACGUAAUCAGUUGUCCCCCAUUUACCUGUUCUGUGCUUUUCUACUGGCUGCCGUUGGUUAUCUGUACCUGAACGCCGUGUCCCAGCUGUUUAAAGAAGCGCAUACUAGCCAGUGA